UGUCUGCUGAACAACUUUCCCCGUUGGACCUGCCUUCGAAGGGAUACCGUGAUUUGCAUGGAUGAGUUGAAACUCGGUCUAAUGGCCUACAACUGUAUGGCUCCAGGCUUCUCCACGCUUAUCGUGAAUCUCCUGAAUAGUCAUAAACAGAAGAAGGAUGUCCAUUCUAAAUUUGAGGGCUGGCGUAGUGAAUACGAAUGUGGCAUCUCGAUGGCCUUAUAUGAUGUCAACAUCAGUCACGAAUUUCACAAGCUAUGGUCUCGAGAGUUAACCGUAUUCGCCUACGAGAAGUGGGAUGUGGUCAUUCUGGCGCUGAGGAUCACUGACGGUCAGACGAGCCGAAUGCUGUUGAAUCCAGCUGAACCGACCGACUUGAUGAUCGACAGUCAGAACAUGAGAGCCAUCGUCCUGGCGACGAGCGAUCGUGUGGCCAAAUGGUAA